AUGUUUAAACCAGCGUGUACUUACACGGCAGGCAGUUACGGGACUGAAGGACAGUGGAGCAGUGAUUCCCACGGAAUGCCUUACAAUUUUGCAAAACUAAUUUUGCUGAUCUUUUGUUUGUUCUUCCUUGUGGAGAGCAGAAAGCACAGGAAAAGGAGAUGGACAGGACAAGUAGAGCUGCCACAAAUAAGGUAAGGAGUAGCUAAAAUAACUGAUCACUUCCUCAGUUUUCACUAUAUAUUUUCACCAGGAAAAUGCUCAAUACAUGUAGUUCUGCUGUAUAUUGCAUGGUGUGCCUGAAAAGUACAUGCACUAUAACUGCUGGUGUGUGAGAGAGGUAAAACUCUAGUUCCCCGAAUAAUACUAAAUUGCAUUACUGCUUUGAGAGCUAUUAUAAUGAUUCUUUUUCCAAGAAUUUUAAAAGAUAAUGUGAUUAUGGAACAGAUUCUCAGACAUGAACAUUAAAUAUUGAAAUUGCAUCAACCGCUCUGUUACUUCAACCCGUAGGACUGUUUUUUAUCUUGACCAAAGCCUAUUGUAGAUCCGAAGGUAUAAAAUAUAAGACAUAAAAUAUACUUCUCUAAAUAUCUUGCCUAUAUCAGUUUCAGGAUGUGCUCCCUGAAAUCAUGCAUGUCUAUUCAGAGAGAAGAACUCUUAGUUCAGUGGUUCUUAUUACUAAAUAGAUGUGCAGAGGAUUACAGCUUUUCUGUUUUAUUUGUUUGGUGUUGGGCUUGUUGUUUUGUUGGUUAAACAUCUAUUUUUCUUUAUGUAUAAAUGCCUAAUACUCAUAUUUAUAAAUUCUACCUUUUGUUGUUGCAAAUUAUUUGGUGAGCCUUACUUUUUUUUUAGUACUGUAAGCAUGUACCAAACAGCUAAAAGGUCUUAGUAAAGUUUUAUCAGAUUUAAUAUCAUAGAGGCAUGGUGAAUGGUUUAUAUGAGAAAAAGAUAAUCUUCCCCAAACUGCUAAGCAACCCCAAGUAUAUAUUAUCCAUUUUUUAUACUGAGUUAUGUCAUCCAGUGAACUGCAUCUUACAGGACCAUUUGCCUGGUUAAGACCUUAUAAACAAAGUUGGGUUAAUCCGUCUUAUUAAAUGGAAACACUGUGACCUUCAUCUUUUUAUUAGUUGUGUUUUCUUCAGCCUGACACUGUGAACUUAGAGCAUGUUGCUCUCAAGCUUCACACAUGAAAUGAUUACUAACUUCGUCCCAGUGGGUAAGAGAUUCACAAUGGAUGAGCUGAUUUAUUUUAUUGGACUGCCAUUGUUGGUGGAAGAUUACAUUCUCUCCAGCUAAACUAGUUCACCUCAUAUUACUGGCCUCAUUCUCUUGCCCUCCUGUGACAUUUACAGUCCAAAUCUUUACUGUGCAAGUAAUUGGGAAUGUUGUUGAUUACAAAGACUGAUCAAUUCUUUGCUGUUUAGGAAAGAAUUUAAGACAGCAUUUAUACCCUGUUUUUCAAAGGGGGGGAAAAAGCCUUCACAAAGCAGCUUGUUAAUAAUUCAGAUUUGAAAUGUUACAGCAUGGUGCAAUCCUCCAAGCAGGGUCCAUUGUUUUUAGAUGGACUUACACAGAGGUCCCAUCAACCUCUGCUUAACUCAAUGAUGAUGAUAAUAAUAAUAAUAAUAAUAAUAAUAAUAAUAAUAAUUUAUUAUUUGUACCCCGCCCAUCUGGCUGGGUUUCCCCAGCCACUCUGGGCGGCUUCCAUAGAAACCAAAAAUACAGUAAAAUAUCACAGAUUAAAAACUUCCCUGAACAGGGCUGCCUUAGGAUGUCUUCUAAAUGUCAGGUAGUUAUUUAUCGCUUUGACAUCUGAUGGGAGGGCGUUCCACAGGGCAGGCGCCACUACCGAGAAGGCCCUCUGCCUGGUUCCCUGUAGCUUUGCUUCUCGCAAUGAGGGAACCGCCAGAAGGCCCUCGGUGCUGGACCUCAGCGUCCGGGCAGAACGAUGGGGGUGGAGACGCUCCUUCAGGUAUACUGGGCCGAGGCCGUUUAGGGCUUUAAAGGUCAACACCAGCACUUUGAAUUGUGCUUGGAAACGUACUGGGAGCCAAUGUAGGUCUUUCAAGACCGGUGUUAUGUGGUCUCGGCGGCCACCCCCAGUCACCAGUCUAGCUGCCGCAUUCUGGAUUAGUUGUAGUUUCCGAGUCACCUUCAAAGGUAGCCCCACGUAGAGCGCAUUGCAGUAGUCCAAGCGGGAGAUAACUAGAGCAUGCACCACUCUGACAAGACAGUCCGUGGGCAGGUAGGGUCUCAGCCUGCGUACCAGGUGGAGUUGGUAGACAGCUGCCCUGGAUACAGAAUUGACCUGCGCCUCCAUGGACAGCUGUGAGUCCAAAAUGACUCCCAGGCUGCGCACCUGGUCCUUCAGGGGCACAGUUACCCUAUUCAGGACCAGGGAGUCCUCCACACCAGCCCGCCCCCUGUCCCCCAAAAACAAUACUUCUGUCUUGUCAGGAUUCAACUUCAAUCCAUUAGCCGCCAUCCAUCCUCCAGCCGCCUCCAGGCACUCACACAGGACCUUCACCGCCUUCACUGGUUCUGAUUUGAAAGAAAGGUAGAGCUGGGUAUCAUCUGCAUAUUGAUGGACACCCAGUCCAAAUCCCCUGAUGAUCUCUCCCAGCGGCUUCAUAUAGAUGUUAAAAAGCAUGGGGGAGAGGACGGAACCCUGAGGCACCCACAAGUGAGGGCCCAGGGGUCUGAACACUCAUUCCCCACCACCACUUUCUGAACACGGCCCAGGAGGAAGGAGCAAAACCACUGUAUAACAGUGCCCCCAGCUCCCAGCCCCUCUAGACGGUCCAGAAGGAUGUUAUGGUCGAUUGUAUCAAAGGCCGCUGAGAGAUCCAGCAGAACCAGGAAACAACUCUCACCUUUGUCCCUAGCUCGCCGGAGAUCAUCAACCAGCGCGACCAAGGCAGUUUCAGUCCCAUGGUGAGGCCUGAAUCCCGAUUGGAAGGGAUCCAAAUGAUGCACUGCUUGCUUGAAUUUCACCCUUUAUGUUAAAAGCUGCAGGACCAUACUUAUCUAUAUAGAUAAACAGGUCCCCAGGAAGGGCCUACAGAUGCAUAAAUGGGCACUGGAUUCUUGUUCAUAUUUAUGCACAAUUUAAGGUUCCUAAGAGCUGACUCCUCAGUACAUUUUUCUUUUUAUGGAGGAAUACCUUUUGGUGUGAAACAAGAUCUCUUGCUUAGAUUCCUGCCUCCUGCUCCUGGAUCUGACCUGUAAUAAUCCAUGUGUCUAUUCCACUCCAGUCAUAACAUUUCUCACAUGUAAUACUCCAUGGUGAAAAGUAUGCACGGGAACUGUCCCAUCACUAUAUCAAGAAAUUGUUGUACAUCCUCCUAUUGGUACAUUUCAAAAAUGGGCACUUGACAUCUAUCCUUUGCAGAAUUUUUAAAAUGAGAAUAAACAGCUUUAAUAUACCAUUUAUAUGUGGGAUUGUGCAUAUUGUUUAAUAUCAUUUAUUCAACUAUCAGAAACGGAAUAACAUGGUCAGGGAUGAGAGUUCUAGUCCCACCAGCACCUGGAGCACCACAGCGUCUCCAGCCCUGCUGCAAAUAAUGUAUAGUAAUAAUAAUAAUAAUAAUAAUAAUAAUAUAUUUGUACCCUGGCUAUCUGACUGGGUUGCCCCAGCCACUCUGGACAUCUUCCAACAAAACAUAAUUUAAAAAAAUCAAAUGUUAAAAACUUCCAUAUACAGGACUGCAUUCAGAUGUCUUCUAAAAGUUGUAUAGUCAUUUAUCUCCCUGACAUCUGAUGGGAGGGCAUUCCACAAGGCGGGUGCCACUACCGAGAAGGCUCUCUGCCUGGUCCCCUCUCACUUCACUUCUUGCAGUGAGGGAACCACCAGAAGGCCCUUGGAGCUGGACUUCAGUGUCUGGACUGAACGAUGGGGGUGGAGGGGCUCCUUUGGGUGUAUAGCACUGAGGUCGUUUAGGGCUUUAAAGAUCAGCACCAACACUUUGAAUUGUGCUCAAAAAUGUACUGGGAGCCAGCAAAGAUAGGUGGUUAACUCUCACUUCAAACACUGGCAAUUGGACAACAUCAGCAUCCUCCACCACAAUUUAGGACAGCAGAGACUGGCUUAGGAGGUGCAGGUCAGGUCGUGUGGCCCAUGUAGCUCUGUCCAACACGUCAGCACCACUGACUGUCUCGGCAACUGCUACCUGAGGUGGCUGCCACACGCAGCCUACAGUAGGGCCAGCUCUUUUCUGGAUUUUUUACCUACUCUCUGGGCAGAAGCAUCCAAGAGAGACCAAGGUUUCCUCAAAGACCCCUUCUUCCGCAUGAAGGGAGAUCCUGCCAUAGAAGGAAGGAGCCAAUUUGGAGAGCUGGUUGUGGCUUUGUAAGUGGCAUUGGGAAUGCCCCAGAUGGCAGACUCUGAUUAAUUGGAACUCUAUUUUUAAUCUGCUAUCAAGCUGUUAAUCGAUUAAUGUUUUCUGCUUCAACAAAUAAUGGCAUUAUUUCAUAUGGCAGUGGGCUUCAUAAAAUCUUCUUUCCCUAUCCUUCCGACAUUUCUCAGAUUAAAAGUGUUGUACUUGUUUUAUACUGUUUGUAGCUCUUCGUCAUUGUGGGGCACAGAAGUGGAAUAAACCAGUUUUUUGUGAGACCUGUCAGCACACAGAUUUUAGCAAUUAGUAGCUUUAAAAAAUACAUUGACUCAUGACCACUUUUGCUUUAACAUUUAGAAGACACAAUUUCAUUUAACAUUUAGAAAGCACUAGGAAAACAUUUUUUCAGUGUACCAAACAAAUACAACUCCUAAUCAUUAUAAUUGUUCACAAUUUCAAACAUAAGCUUGCAUACUAGUGAAGACCUACUAAAUAAGUACGGUUAAGGUGCACGCUGUGGAAGAAGAAACAUAAUGUUGGAGCAUUCAGAUUAAUGCUAGCUGCGCCCUUUUACUGCCUCAAACAACAAGCAUAUGGGAGGACUUGGAUGGUCAUAUUGAGUGGGUGGGUUGUAGCCAAGGGAUUAGAGGUGGGGGCUUUUAAACGAAGACGUUGCUUCUUCCUCCAAGACCUCCAUCAUCUCUCUGUAUUCAGUUAAGAUUGUUGUCACUUUGCAUGUUAUAUAGAUGGCAGGAAUCACUCCUUUCCUGCUAUAGUGAUUCUCUUCAACUGAUCCAGAAAGCCCUCUCCAACUUCUGUGAUCAUAACCUCACUCUCCAAUCUUGUUCAUUCUUUGCACUGGCUCCCUAUUAGUCUUUAACAUCAGGUUCAAAAAUGUGUCCUCUUCUUCAGGCCUUCUCACCCCUUGCCUAUAUGCAGAACACACAUUAUAUCCAGCAUUUUGACCACAUCAGUAAGGCCGAGAGGGGGGUGGGUCUUGUCAUCUGGGCAUCCCAGGACCUCCAACCAAAUGUCCAAGCUUGCACACCCUGGGGAGGACACUUUGGUGCUGCAAACACAGCACUUUUACUUCACCCCCAGAGGCACACUCCAUUGCCUCUUGCGUCUUGAGACAGACGGAUGCCAAUAACCUCAGGUGCUCUACUCAUAUAUAAAGACAACACUAUAGUAGUUGUGAGUGUGCUAAGCUCUGCACCACAGUCUCAAUCACUCUCCACAAGUUGGAGGGCAAGCAUGGAAUGUCCUACACGCACAACUGAGAAUUCUGGAAGAUUAGGGCUCUAAAUUGUUCUGGGAGCUUCCAUGAAUGCCUGAGGCUCCCUGCUUCAGAAGUUUGCGAUCUGGUUAAUGGGAGACAACAAAGGGAGCUUAGUGUGCUAAUCCUUGAUUUCCCCACUGGCAUGUUGCUUUGCACAUUGGAUAGGACCCCUGAGAGUGUUUGUGACAAGGACAUACAGCCCAAAAUGGCAUCUCCCAUGGCAACCAAUCCCCACUCCCCAUUGUAAUGUUUGGCGGUAGUACACUACUAAUGAAGACUGGGGCCACCAUUUUGUGAGUCUCCACACUCCUGCUUCCUCUUCUUAGAUGGGCAUGGGGUAUGAUGUGGCGGAGACCUUCACCUAUUGAGCUGGAGGAUGUGUUACUUAACUCACAAAUAUGGCUGCCCCACAAAGGCUUACAUUGUACUAGCCUCAUUCCAUAUUAUGAAUACUUCAAAAUGUUAGAAAUCAAUCACUACUAAGAGGCUAUUUAGGGCUGCACACGUUUGGACCAAACUCAAUGAACUCCCAUCAGUGUCAGCUAGCAUUGAAAUUUAUCUGUUUCUGACCGUAGCAGUAGUAUGUACAACUUUGCAGAUCUCACUGCUAGACCAAAGGGCUCUUGGGUCUUAAUUUAUUCUAAUCCCCCCUCUUAAAUCAGUAGUGAUUAGAAAACUAGACAUUUUCCUCUUACCUAACUGACCCCUGUAUACCUUUAGCUGGGCUAUAAUUAAAUUUCUACAUAUGUAUGUUAUAUUCACUUUUAUAUCAAGAGGUUGUUCUGCUAUCUUUUUGCUACUACGCUAGUUAACUAUAAGGUCACUUCCAUUCAACCUGUUUCCUGAGGAUUCAACUGAAUAGUUUGCACAAACAUUGCAGGGAGGCUAUGUGGCACUGAGUCAAGCAAUGAUUGUUCCACACUUUCCAGAGCAUUUCCCAAACACUUUCAUUGCCACAAAAAGUCUGUUGUUUUUUAAGUGGACAUUUUCUGCAAGAACACCAAAUUCACUUUUAUCGUUCAAACUAAAUUUGCUGGCAUGCGCUUGAAUCCCACCCACAAAAUAGUGACAGUCUGAAAGUACUUCAACUUCCAUUGUAAUAUCCAAGUUAUAUAGAAUUUCAGUACUAUUAUUAUUAUUAUUAUUAUUAUUAUUAUUAUUAUUAUUUUGGAUGACUAGGAGUGACAGUUGGUUCUUUGCUUUCCAUUUUAGUCACAUAUAUAAGAAGAACCACGACAUGACCAAAACUCGGACAGGAAAAAGUGAACAGCUCCUGAGGGUAGAUGACCAUGAUUUCACCAUGAGACCAGCCUUUGGAGGUAACUGGGGGGGUGUUGCAAAUUCGUCCCCACAAAAAAUGGUGGGAACGGCAUUGUGGGGACUCAAGUCUCCAGUAUUGACAAUUGAUCCUCUUUGCACAAAUAGUUAUUAUUAUUAUUAUUAUUAAUUAUUAUUAUUAUUAUUAGUAGUAGUAGUAUUAUAUCCUGCCCAUCUGGGUGGCUUCCAGUACAUACAAAAACAUAACAAAACGUUAGACCUAUAAAUGUGGUGAAGAAGCACAUGCUCCUUCCCCAUAGAUUUUGCUGAAAAUAUUCACUGACCUUUUCUAAGCUGCACAAUUUAUACCUGUAACCCAGAAAGCAUGUUAGUGGCAGAUGCAGUACACAAGCACCGAGCUGAAUUUAACUGUAGGCAUGCACACAAAGAAAUCUGGGUACAACUUUGAGUGGAGCUAUGGAAUUACCAUCUAAUUUGUGUCAGCAGCUCAGUGUGUUCACCUAAGUGAUUGGGUCACAGCUCUUAGGGUGUACCUCUUGGGUCUCAUCCCUACUGUUGUUUAAUGUGUAGUUUCCUGUACCUCAAUUAAUUCUCCAUUGUCCAUAUGAUGCACUCCUCUAAAUCACUGCCUUGCCAUACUUUCCCCUCCCUCAAUCUGGAUUUUGUUUAACCAGGGAUACUCUGAAAAGGAGACGGUAUGAGAAAAUUCAGACUAAGGGGUGGGGGGGAAGUGGUGGGAAGGCAUUGAUUUUGUGGAGAAUAUCAGACGGACAAUGGAAAAUGAAUGGAUGCUGUUUUAUCGCUAUGGCCGAUGGCUGAUGCAAAUAAAGAUUCAUUCAUGGAGGUACAGGAAGCUUAGUGUCCACAUUAAAUGGCAGUAUAGAUGGGCCUUUGUCUCAGUUUGGCAUGUCCAACACAUCCCACCAUACAGGAUAUAUGGAUCCCAUAUGAAUAUAUAUCUAAAACCUUCUCUGUUCACCUCAUGUAUCUGAUUUCUCCUUUCCUUGCAUGUGGCAGAGCCUUUUCCUGUCCUAAUAUGAGAGCACAUUUGAUUUGACCCUUUCAGAGUUAUCUCAGUGCCAAUGACCUUGUCAGAGCUAGCAGAUGUUCAGGUAUUAUUUACUACAAAUAUUAAUAUCUAAAGAUUAUGUAAAUGUUUCAUUUGGGCUCCCUUCCUCAAACUCUCACUGUAAGCAUUUCAUCUAGGACAUCUCUCUUUUUUAUAGGGAGUCCAUGAAUAAGCAGCUUUAGCUGAUACUUAAAAUAGCUGUAUCUUUUCUGUCGAAGAACAGCCUAAUACGGUUCCUGAGAUACAGUUUAUUCCCCACCCAGUGUAGUACCAGCCAGUUCCUACUGGGUGACAUUUAAUUGGCACAUAUGAGCUAAAAGCAGGUUCUGCUAUCUUUUGGGUGCCUGUCGGCAUGUUUGCAAAAUGGAGAAAAUGUCGUGGGCAUGACACACAGACCGCAGCCAUUAAGCACACUAUGUGGCUUGAUGCAUUGGCUACAACAUAAUGUUUAUUUCAAGCAUCAAUUUGGCAGCAGGGAGAGGCAGGGGAGAUGAUCCUGUGGGCACCAGAGCAGGGCUCUGCAGAUAAAAAUGGGGCUGCACUACCUCUGAAGGAGCGAGUUACGUAGCUUGGGAGUACUUCUGGAGCCUUUGCUGUCGCUUGAGGCUCAGGCGGCCUCAGUGGUGCAAAGUGUCUUCCAUCAACUUUGGCUGGUGGCUCAGCUGUGCCCUUAUCUGGACAGAGAUAGCCUAACUUGUGUAUAUUCUGGUAGCUUCUAUGUUGGAUUAAUGCUGCAUGUGCCUUCCUAUCUGGUUCCUGUUUUUGCAGGUUUGGGGGCACAUUGUCAAAAGAAGUGCGUACACUACUUCUGUGCUGUUUAGACACUGUAACUGUGCUCCCUUUUGAUGCUGUUUGGUGACUGAUUCAGUGAAGGAGCGAGCACAACCAAAUUUAGCAUGUCCUUUCCUUGAAAUGGAAUCUAUAAAGCAUUCCAUAUCAAAGUGGACGGGAGGCACCUUGUACUUGAUCAUUGGUAUAAUUAAAACUGUGCUUAUUUUUCAUGCAAGUUCAAGUCUGGGCUUCAGUCUCCCAGAUUAUUAAUCUCUUGCCUCUUAAAGGAGAUCUAAAAUCCAAUCACAAUUUGAAAAUAAAAAUAUAGCAAAUGUUGCUCACGGAACGACAGGAUUAGCCACCACAGCCUGGAGCCCAGCGGGCAGGUGCGGCAGCAUAAGCUUCUCUGCAGAGCCCUGCCAGCAGAACUUAAUCCUAACCUACAGAACCUUCCAGUCAUCCGUGCUGAAUCGCUGACGUAAUGUUGUUGUGUACACAAAUGUAAAAGCUGGAGUGACGUCAACCCUGCUAGGUUCAUUCAGAUGUAGGAUUGCAGUAUAUGAAAGGAGGAAGGUGGGGGGGGGAAAGAGAAGCAAGUUCUUCAAAGCACCAUGACAGCCCCCACCUCCCUACAAGAUCUUGGCUCCCAAGAAGCUCCUCUGCAGUGACGCAGCUAAGUUCUAGACCUUGCAGCUGAAGCCCAGCCCAGACCCACUUCCCCAAAUGACCACCCCAGGGUCGCAGAUGAUGUAGGUAGCAGCCAAACACCCCACAUUGACACCUGGGCUGCUGUGGGUCAUGCCAGGGCCCACCACAGCUGACACUGAUUGCUAGACAUCCUUUCUUCGUGUGUGUAUGUGUAUAUGACAUUUAAUAGAGGUGGCCGGCCGGCAUUGUACAUGCUCAUUCUAUUAUUCAAAAUAUGUAAACACCUAAAUGCUGUUUACAGGGACGGCUCAUCCCAUUUUGCCGCUUGAGGGAAAAUGUGAAGUGCAGAGGUGUAUUUAGGGGAGCGUGACUGGUUUGGUUGCACUGAGCACAGAGCUAGGGUUGCCAUGUUGAGCUUUUUUUUAGGAAGACCCGAAAGUUAUUGACUUGUCUAAGAUCCAGGUCAAAGCACCGCCUUUCAGAAAUUCCUCCCAGACAUUCUGCCUUUGAAAUACCACUAGUGUCCAGGAAAAUCCAGACGUAUGGCAGCACCUUGGGGGCACUGAAUUUUGGCAUCACACAGGGUGCCGCUCGGGAAGUUCUGCCCCUGUAAUUGGAAGUUUCAUAUGCUUUAUGAAGUCCACUUGAGAGCCGUUAUAUACAUUUCCAUAUUUUACUGUGAUUAAAUCAGAUGCUUAGAAACACAAGUAUAAGGAUAAACAUAUCCAAGAUAUGCCAAAAUUCCUAACUGAGGCUGCCUCCAAGCUGUUAAUAUUUUGUGAGAGGGAUUCAAGUGCAUACUGAGAAAUGUAGGAUUGACAGUUAAAGCACUCUGUUGCUGUCGCACAACAAAUUAGCUAUAUAUAUUGUCAGGGGUUCAGAGAGAGAGGCACAGGGUAGGCAGGAGAUGGAGAGCGAAGGGGAGGAAUUCCAAGCCAGCGAGGAAGAGGACGACAAUGACUCAAGGGAUUCCAUGAGUCUUUCCAGCGAAUCAGAGGAUUCCCAGAAGGGGCGCCGGUGGUCAGGGCCAGGGAGCCCCAGGGGGGAAAUGUCAGGAGCAGGGUGCCAGCGGAGGAUCCCAAAGUGGCAGCUGGGCGUCAGGACCAGCCUCCCCACCAAAGUGCAGCGAAGGGGGUGGAGUUUCCAGUGUGUCAGAGGAAGGAGCUCCAGCAGCAGAGAGAGGAGGGGGGUCAGAGCAAGCAGCCCUCCCGGAGGGGAGCAGUGAAGGGAGCAGUGUAACUGUCAAAAGGAAAGUUAGAGGUUUGGCGCGCGCGCCUAGUUCAAAUGUAGAGGCGCGCGGAAGUGCAGGGAGCCCGGAGGAGGGGCCAGGUCCCAAAGCCCGCAGGAGGGUGGAGCAGCAGUCUGAUUCCGCGUCAGAGGAAUCCAGAAGGGGGCAAACCCCAGGGGGCAGAAAGACCCUGCGGAAAAGGAAGGAGAGAAAGAGGUGGAGCAGCGCAAGUCUCUUAAAUUGGUGCAGAGGAGGGACUGACUCAGACGGGACUUCGGCGGUCUAGCGUAAGAGACGUAAGGCUGCGCGCCUAAGAUGUCAAGCAAACCAUGAACUGCAAUAAACACCUUUGUAUUCAAGAAGACGUAGGCGUUGGUCUUUUGUGAGCUAAGACUUGAGGCAGCCUUGACAUAUAUAUAUAAGAAAUUGACUUCUUUUCCUCUAAGAAAGUAACAGAGUAAUGCAAUGAAAAGUGUGGAACAAACGAGUGAUUAAUAGAAAAUCUUGUAAAUGUACCACAAGCAAAUCAGGAUGAAUGCUCAUUGCCAUAUCACCUCCCUGCAAUCAAAUCAAAAGGAAUCUACCUUCCCUGUAAGCUUUGUGCAAGCAAAUCAGGAAGAAUGCUCAAUAAAUAGGUAACUUGAAGGAGUCCUGAACAGGCUCAAGCAAGCAACAAAAUUCCACACAUUAAAAAGUAGACGAAAGUCUGAACUGAUGGAAGUAGGGAGCAAAGUUAUCAGUGAGAAGGUCUCUCACACAACCCCUAUUGAAAUAGAUGGAAGUUGCAGGUACCCUGUGGUUUUUUGUAGGGCUUUUUCCCCAGCCAUAACUCAGUUCUGGCACCUCUCAGGUGGGCGCCAUUGCCAUUAUAAGAGAACAAGGGAGGAGUUCAUGGUGAAUUCCAGCACCUAUUUUUCUAGAAAAAUAGCACUGUUUUUUUCUGUUUCAGGGUCUCUCACCCCAGGCUAGCACCAGCCUCUGUGCUAGCACCAGGCUUAUUAGCAUAUUGGCCUUGACCUCACCCCCUUUGGGUAUGCAGCCACUCAACAGUUGUCCCCUCUAGGGAAUUCAGCCUGGUGGGCUGCGAGGGAAAGAUGCUCCCCAUCCCUGCUUUAUAUUUACCGGUACUAGGAGAGAGAAACCAAGCAAGCUAGGACUGGGGGCUACAGGCAAAAUAAGCUUCCCAAUCACCAGGCAGCUCCUACCACCACCACCCCAGCUGCUCAUUUGAAAGGGACUUGUGCAAGAGACAUUCCUCAUGCAUUGCAUCCUAGAAUCUCUAACAGAUACUUUCAGGGUUUUCCAUUUCUUUUCCCUUCCCCACCCUUUAUUUCCUGUACGUCAGAGUUUUAUUUUGUUUCCCCUUCUAUAGUGUUAGUUGGUGACGAAUUUAACUAAUCAUCUGGAGCAGCAUGCCCCCCCCGAACUCCCCCUUCUACCACUGUGUAGUUUAGUUGGAAGCAGAGACAGGAUUAAAAACCUAGCAGCUCUCUAAUGACCGCAAGGAUUAGCGAGAUCAGAAAUCUCUUGACAUCUUCCUGUGACUCAUCACCAGAUGCUUAAUUCAACAGUAUGGUCUGCAGCACGGACAACCUUCUAAACCCACCCAGGCAGGGCUUGAGGCUGUUGGAUUUAUAUUGUUUUUGAUUCUAUAAAAAGUGCUCACCCUGGCUGUAGGUUUUUUUAAUGAUUCCUGCUAUUUUAUAAUACUACUCAGCAGGAUACUCUUUAAAAAAAAAUCUUUCCACUAUGCUUGAACAUAAACACUAUGUGAUUUGUGUGUGACGUCAGGAUGUAGACCAGGGGUCAGCAACCUUUUUCAGCAGGGGGCUGGUCCACUGUCCCUCAGACCUUGUGAGGGGCCAGACUACGUAUAUUUUGGAAAAAAAUAUGAACAAAUUCCUAUGCCCCACAAAUAACCCAGAUAUGCAUUUUAAAUAAAAUGACACAUUCUACUCAUGCAAAAACAUGCUGAUUCCUGGACUGUCCGCAGGCUGGACUGAGAAGGCGAUUGGGCCGCAUCCGGCCCACAGGCCUUAGGUUGCCUACCCCUGAUGUAGACUUUACAAAAGUCAAAUGCGCAUGGCAAUUUAAAGCACUGUGCUAACAACUCUUCUUCUAGGAAUGUUAUUAGCAGUUUCUACAAUUAACUAACACUUGGAAGCAGUCAGAUAUGUAAUUAUAUCCAAAACAAAAGCAGGAAAAAAUAAAUAAAUGGAGUCCAGUAAUUCCAUUGUUAUAGUAUAUCCAAUUUUGAGCUAGACUCUAUGCAGCUAUAGAAAGCUUAAUAUAUUCAAUUACAUACUAUAUUUUGGAAAUUUUCGUGAGAUCAUAUUAAUAGGUAUAUUUAAGGACUCUCGUUUUUAAAAGGAUGUUUAUGAAAUGCUGAAGAUAGAUAUUAAUAGUUAAGGUAUUAAUAAGAUAUUUAUAUGGUGUGGUACUGUGUGAUUUCGAUUGGCAUAUUUAAUGACAAUUUUAUGUAAAUAUUUGUAUAAGAAUAGUUUUUUUAUAAUAGGUAGUUUUUAAUAGUUCAAUUUCACUCUGUCACAGGCCCUGCUAUUCCUGUCGGGGUGGACGUGCAGGUUGAAAGUUUGGACAGUAUUUCUGAGGUCGAUAUGGUAUGUAAUUUUCAAUUAAGGUUUGAUUACUUGUGCCUAGUCAGGAAAAAAAAUAUAUUUUGCUUCCAGGUAAAGGUAAGGUGUCCCACUCUUGAUUUUUAAUUAUUUCUUACAACUAACAUCGUUAUGAGAUUACCACGGAUAGAGAUAUCAUUAUAGGUUUGACUUUAAACAAAGAAGCAGCUAUGUGUUUUGUGUUCAUAAACAGGUAAACAAGUGAGGAGGACAAGAAAGGCAUUCCAGUCCUCUGGGAUGCUGCUAAAGACAAACAGUAAUUCCGUACCUCAGCAGUGGAUACAUCAUUUGGACUUUCUCCUCAUCCAUUCUACUCAUUUUUUCACAUGUGUGGAACAUAUAACCACAAGACACAUUAUCUCCCUUUUUUCUUCCUCUCGUUGCAGGACUUUACGAUGACAUUGUACCUGAGGCAUUACUGGAAAGAUGAGCGCCUCUCCUUUCCCAGUCAUACUAACAAAAGCAUGACUUUCGAUGGGAGGCUGGUGAAGAAGAUCUGGGUGCCAGAUGUCUUCUUCGUUCACUCAAAGAGAUCCUUCAUUCAUGACACAACCACUGACAACAUCAUGCUGCGGGUGUUCCCGGAUGGCCAUGUGCUCUAUAGUAUGAGGUGAAAAGUGCACCAAUUAGCUCAAUGUAUUGUUUGCCCAGAAAUAUCUUGGAAUAGCUCUACAAUGUAAUAACAAUAUUUGAUGGUUAAUAUCUGACGGGCGUUUUAACUAACACACUCAGGAGCCCUUCCUGGUGAAACAGGAAUGAAUAUAAUAUUUGAAAGAAGGAGAAAAAUCUAGUGCAUAUGGCCUCCACAGUGAUGCUGGUUAUCUCAGCUCCUCUAAUUAAUCUGUAAUUACACUGUAAUUUUAUUAAUCUACCAAUUGAAUACAACUUGCAGCCUGCCGAAGUAUGGAGAAUGGGGAGGGUACUAUCUUCCUAUAUUUUCCCUGCACCUGUGACUCGGUCCUAUUCCCUACCUAGCAAACCUGACUUUUCUUUUUGGAAUUUCUAGGAUCACGGUUACAGCCAUGUGCAACAUGGACUUCAGCCGAUUUCCGCUAGAUUCGCAGACUUGUACUCUGGAGCUCGAAAGCUGUAUGUGGCAUUCAUGUUUCUAUCUGCAAUGUUUUCCUAGAUGUCUACACAAUUCUUUAUGGAUUUGUUUGAAGUGUGCAUGUUAAAGUGAACAUAGGAUCCAUGGGAUCUGCCAAUGACUGUGCACCACAAGCUAAUAAAUGUAGUCAUAUAAGAGCUGAUCAAACAUAGAAUCCAGCAUAUCAGAGACUGGAUAUAAGUCUAGGUAAAUGUCUAUGUCACUGUAACCGAGGGGCAACCAAUGGAACAUCCUGCAGACCAUGGCAUCUAGGAGGUGGAAAAGGCAUGUUUCAAUUAUGCAGAUGUUAAUGCUGAGCACCCCUGACUCUGGAAGAGGCUUAAUUGCUCUGUGAACCAUAAAAUUUACAUUCAUGUGUCCUCUGGAAGAUUGCCCUCAAACUGAAAAAUGGUUCACCACGCAUGGUAUUUACAGCAAGACCCUAUUUAAUAUUACCGUUUGGCCAUGCCAUGUUCCAACAACUCUAUGUAUAUGUACACUACAAAUGAUACUGUUUCUAUAACAGUGCAAUUCUCAUGGCUGCUGUGCAAAGAAUCCUGGAAACUGUAAUCUGGUGAGAAUGCUGAGAAUUAACAAUUUUUAUGUCUAUAUGUAUGCAUGCAUGUGCACAUAUCUCACCCAUCUGGAACAAAAGUAACACUCAGGGUAGUGUGCAAUGUUUAAAAUUACAGUUUCGUUUUUUUAAAAAAGGUAUAAAAGAUCCGAAGCACACCACACUUAUAGCUUUGUUAUUCCCAAAGUCCUUGAAGGAGAGGGCAGAAGAAGCUUAAGGUUACAAUCCUAUGUAUGGCUACUUGGAAGUAGGAAUAGGGAGAAAUUCGGUUUAGUUUGCAUUUGAAGGAGAACCUAUCUCAUCAUCACUGAAACACAGCCAUCCUUUGAGAUUCACACUUCUCUAAAUUUUGCAAAGCAUUUCUCCAGCCAGGAAAUCUGUACAAAGAUGAAUAUAUGAGUGUAUAUAUGAGUGAAAAUAACAUACCAAAAUGCCUUCCAAAAAUGUUUAUAUAAGGAAUAUAUAAAGAAAUUGCAUACAAAACUGUGUAUAUUGUGAGAAAUUAAUAGUAAACUCUUAAUGAUGUGGAUAACUGAAAACUGUGAUAAUGAGAAACAGAGAUAAGCCAAAAGCGACAGAUUCACCCAAUCCUACUUGGGAAUAACCCCAACUGAAAAGAGUGAAUUUACUUCUGGGUAAAUGUGCAUAGAAUUAUGCAGAUUUGAGUGUGAAUCCCAGUGACCUCACAGAAUUUACGGUACUUCUGAAUAAAUGUAUGUAGGAUUGCUGCAUAAACCUUUUUAAAGUUUGAGAGUAGAGAUAUACUAAUCAAGCAUGUUUGUGUAAUAAUACUUUCUCCUCCUCUGUCCAAUGUUUGUUAAUCUUAAGAACCCCAGUUUAGUUAUGUGAGAUUAUUAUUGUUUAUAUACCACCCUUCAUCUGAAGAUCUUAGGGCUGUUCACAAGAUAAAAAUACAGGAGAUUAGUAUCAGUACUAGCCAGCACCCAGGUCCAUUAUAUAUUAAAAAAACGACAGAUUAUUUUAUUGCCCUCUCACAUUAAGCCAUUGAUUCAUCUGACUAUUUCACUAUUUUGCUGUUGACCUAUAAAUGUAAUAUUAUUUUUGUCCCAUCACUACCCUCCACAGAUGCUUACACAGAUGAAGAUCUGAUGCUGUACUGGAAAAAUGGGAAUGAAUCUCUAAAAACAGAUGAGAAAAUCUCCUUGUCUCAGUUCUUGAUACAAAAAUUUCAUACAACCUCCAGACUCGCUUUCUAUAGUAGCACUGGUAUCAGGUUUUCUUUCUAAUCCUCUUCUAAAUGCCUGCCACACUUAUAACUCAGCCUCACAAGUUUGCCUGGUGAAAUGCCAAUAAAAUUUCACUAGUCCCUUUUCUGUCUUUUCUUCAUCAUCAUCAUCAUCAUCACCAUCACCAUCAUCCUGCCUUUCCUUGAAGGGCAAGAUUCAAAGCUUUGCCCAUCCCCAUUUUAUCUGCAUAAUAAUAUUAUGAGGUAGAUAGUGAGAGAUAGUGACUGGCCAAAGGUCAUCAUGGCUGAGUAGACAUUUCAACUUGGAACUCUCCAAUCCUUGUCCAAUACUCAAAACACUAUACCACAAACACUAUCUGUUCUCUGUGAGUAUUUAAAAAUCACUGAGCAUAAUAUUAAGAGUCAAACUCUUCAUGUUGAUAGAUUUGCAUUCAGGUGUCUCUUUUUUUAUUCUCUAGUCUGACCUUAAUAAGCACCUUCGAAACGUUAUCAUGCUAUUUGCAUGCAUGCGUGGAUGCAAUCAAAGCAUGAGCAAGCCAUUUUAAAAUCAUCCGCAUGUUCUAUAUAAUGUAGGCUUCAAUGUGGAAAUGCAAAAAAGGUGUGAAAAUACUGGAGAUCAGUGGAUGGUACUAAGUUUACCAAAAGCUGUGCGAUCUUCUAAGAUAAUAAUUUCCACAAGCACAAAGGCACUCUGUGUAUAUGUUAAUGAUCCCCAACCUGCUGUUAAGGAACAAAAGUGUCAUUUUAUAUGGUAGUUUAAUACUAACAGUAUUAAGUUCCUCACUGUGUAAAUCCUUUGGCAAAGUCACUCUCAGUCUCACUCCACAUUUGUAAAAUGAGAAUAGAAACUUGUUCUGAAGUCAAAAUGAAUUCUUUAAAUUUAAUCACACAGAGAAAGUGUUAUCUAUAUACAGUGGUACCUCAGGUUACAUACGCUUCAGGUUACAGACUCCGCUAACCCAGAAAUAGUGCUUCAGGUUAAGAACUUUGCUUCAGGAUGAGAACAGAAAUCGUGCUCCAGUGGCGCGGCGGCAGCGGGAAGCCCCAUUAGCUAAAGUGGUGCUUCAGGUUAAGAACAGUUUCAGGUUAAGUACGGACCUCCAUAACGAAUUAAGUACUUAACCUGAGGUACCACUGUAAUAGUAUAUAAUAUUAGUAUUUCUUCCUUGUCUCUUUUUCUGCUCUAUUUUUGUACUUUCAGAACCAUCCUUUAUCCCCGCCCUCCCUUUGCUGGACUUUUAUCUCUGUAUUACAUACUAUGUCUCACCUGAUUAUUGCUCAUACCGCCAUAAGGAGGCCUACCACACAUUUUUAAUAGCUGCCAUUUUCUUCCUAACAGGUUGGUACAAUCGCUUGUACAUUAACUUCACGUUACGUCGCCACAUCUUUUUCUUUUUGCUGCAAACAUAUUUUCCAGCCACACUCAUGGUCAUGCUAUCUUGGGUGUCAUUCUGGAUCGAUCGCAGGGCUGUGCCUGCUAGAGUAUCGUUAGGUGAGUGAUUCCUCUCAACUUUUAUAAAGGACGGCAGAGCUGGAUACAAGGGAAGGAAAACUACAGAGUCCCUAUGAGCUAUAUCCAACCAAGUUACACUCAGAGUAGACUCAUUGGAGUUAAUGGACCUAAGUUGUGUGAGAGGCAGAGUCUAAUUACUGCAGGGCCAGGGAAACUGUCGUCCCCCAUAUGUUGUUGGGAUUUAAUUCUCAGCAGCUUCAACUAGCAUGACCUGUGGUCAGUAAGGAUUGUUUGUUUAUUGCAUUUACAGUAUAUUUCACCUUUUCCUCCAAGUAGCUCUUCAAGAUGGUGUACAUGGCUCUCCCCCCUCCUCAUUUAAUCCCCACCAAGGUUAGGCAAUGACUGGCCCAAAGUCACUCAGGAGAUUCGAACCCUGGCUUCCCAACACACUAACCACUAUACCACACUGGCUUUUGAUGGGAUGGGAGUUGCAGUCCAGUAACUUUUGGAGGUCAAAAGGUUUCUCAUUCUUGAAUUACUGUAUUCUCCAAACUAAAAUGGGGAGAGACUAAGACCCAGUUAUUAACACUGAAACUAAGCUCAGCUUCAUAAUACAUGCUUGUUGACAGUUAUUUAAAUCUAAAAUAGUCUAUGGGGUCCAGUGUUCCUUCAAGUCAAACCCACUGAUCUGCAAGUUCUUCCAGUGAACACAGUGUGCGUGGUGUCUGACUGUGAUUGCUUAGUGGUGAGGAUGUCUGCACACCCUCAAGCAGAUUCUGUUCUUUAUUAUCACUUCACAUGUACCACAUUGAGCCACAGUUUUUUUGAAAACAGGUUCUGUGGCUAUGAGAGACCUGGCUGAAAUUAAACCCAAUCCUUAUCACUUGUGUGGGGCCUUUUCAGGGAUCACGACGGUGCUGACCAUGUCUACCAUCAUCACGGGCGUCAAUGCCUCCAUGCCUCGAGUUUCCUACAUCAAGGCUGUGGACAUUUACCUCUGGGUCAGUUUUGUGUUCGUCUUCCUUUCGGUGAUAGAGUACGCAGCCGUGAACUACCUGACCACUGUGCAAGAGCGAAAGCAGAGGAAGCUGCGAGAAAAGGUGAGAAGCACUUCCUGCACACCUGACUAAUAUAUUAGGGGCUAGUGAAUGCGAAUGAGGAAAACUGACCCUUGUGUGUCUGUGUGUGUGAACAAUUUUUGUCUAGACCAUUCAAGCUGACUCCGAAUCCCUGACACCACAAAAGCAGGAGUUGGUGAUAGUAGGAACAACAGAGGGAAGGAAACUAAGAUCAGAACUGGGGAAGUCUGCAACCUGGGACUUUGGCAAAGACAAUAUAGGGAGGGUAAGAAGGGGGAAAUUCAGUAUGGCAUUUCCCUGUGUUUGCUGCAUUGUUUUAGGUACUCCUGAUGAAUCAUGACGAAGCCCUGACCAGUCAGGUGCGCAUUUCAAAACUGGAUUCAGCCAAUAUAAUAGUAGGAGCUAGACGCUUGCAGUACAAAAUAUAGACGGGCCUCUUGCGUUACACAGAAGUUGUGGCUUCUGUGAACUCUGUAGCUUUGCUUUUAUGCUUUCAUUGUGUCUUCUGAAUUACACCCUGCCCUGAGACUCCUGCUACUGAAGGGAGCUUAUAAAUGACCUUAAUUAAUUAUAAUUUUAUAAUUAAUUAUGAAUUAAGGGGCCGGAACAGAUGCAUGAAUGACAUAUGCAUCCCAUUUGCACUUCCCAUGUCACGUGCAAAGGGGUAGCUUAUGCAUCUUUCCCACAAUUAAACAAGCAAACCAGAGAUCCACACAUACAGCCAAUGUGAAUCUGAUCAGGUGGAUCUGCAGCUGAACCACACGAUGCUCACUUGGGGCCCCAGUCAGCUGGCUUGAAAUAUCAUUUAAUGCCGAUGGGGAUACACAUCCUCAUCUGAAGCUGAUUAGUUGUAGUGUUUGCCACUUGUGUGAAUAGAGUUGGGUCCAGGCUGCUGUGCUUUUAUGGCGCAACGGAGCUCACCCCAUUGCAUGGAUUCAAACCACCAACCUUCCGAUCGGCAAGUCCAAGAGGCUCAGUGGUUUACACCACAGCACCACCUGCGUCCCCCUUGACGAUGAGGAUGAGAUGCUUCUGUCAACCUAGCAGUUUGAAAGCACACCAGUGCAAGUAUAUAAAUAGGUACUGCUGCAGUGGGAAGGUAAACAAGGCUUCGUGCACUCUGCCUUCCAUCACAGUGUUCCGUUGCGCCAGAAGUGGUUUAGUCAUGCUGGCCACAUGACCCAGAAAGCUGUCUGUGGACAAACACUGGCUCCCUUGGCCUCAAGUGAGAUGAACGCCCCACCCCAUAGUCGCCUUUGACUUUACCUUUUACCUUGCUUUUAUGGAGACUCAUAUAUUGUUGUUAAUUGUAGGAAAAGGAAAAGUAUAAUUUGUGUGAUCACCAUUCUGAGUUCUACAGUCAUUUAUAUAAGUCAGUGUUACUGUAUAAAAAGAAAGGUUGUCUUUAUCCUCAGCUAUUUUUCAAUCAAAUUUUGAGCUGCAGACUUCCAGAAAAUAAGAAAAAUAUGGUAGUUAAAGGAUCUCCAGUAUGCCUAUACAAUUGGUAUUGCACCUUUACUGCAAGGAAAUGUAAGUCCAAAUGGAUGCAAAAUUUCAGAAUUAAAACUUAUUGUUAUCUUAUGUCACACAAAUAAUAUUUUCCACCCUGAAUUCACCUUUGCUUAACCCAUACAGGGUUUCAUGAGCAGAUGGAUAGUACAUCUGUAUGGGUUUAGUGUGUCUUGAUAAUAACUUUGGGAAACUGCAGAAAAAGAGAAUACGAUUUUCAGUUGCAACAUUAAUGCAUUUUCUGUAUAAAAUCAAGGUGUAAUUUUUGUCCCCUGUUCUGUUUUUGCAAUGCCUGAGUUUUCAUCUGCCUUUUAUUGUUCUCUUUUCUCAGUUUCCAUGCACGUGUGGAAUACCUUCUACAAAAACUAUGAUGCUGGAUGGUAUUUACAGUGAAUCGGAUACCAAUAGCCUAGAAGGGUACCCAAGAGGCCAGAUGGUGGCUGAGGAGGAUAAUCAAGACAAGAUGGUGGUCCAUUUGGCCCUGAAUAAUGAGUCUAACUCAUCAAGGAAGAAAGGGCUGAAGGGACAUGUUAGCCUCCGUAUCAUGCAAAACACACACGCCAUUGACAAAUACUCCAGAGUAAUAUUUCCAGGCACCUAUAUAUUUUUUAAUUUAAUAUACUGGUCUGUCUUUUGCUGA